AAAAAUAAGACGACAAAUCAUUCAAACUCGGUCGAUACAAUCGCGAUCUUUUUCUCUCCCGUGUAAGUACUGCCAUCUACGUAGUAGAAAUUUUACGCACGCGUACUACGGCUCGUAGUAUUCAACCAGGUAAUCAGCUGAUCGUUUAUUCAAGUAGAUGAGAUCAGCUGUAGCCGGCCAUGGACCUUACUAAUGAAGAUCUAUCAAUUCCACAAGUUAAAUACGAAUAUCUCGAUCACACCGCUGACGUACAAUUACACGCAUGGGGUGAAAGUUUAGAGGAAGCUUUUGAACAAUGUGCGAUAGCAAUGUACGGAUAUAUGACUGAUCUUAAUCGAGUGGAGAUAACAGAUAUUCAUAAAUUUGAAAUUGAGGGACACGAUCUUCAAAGUCUACUUUUUCAAUUUUUAAAUGAAUUAUUAUUUAUCUUCAGUGCCGAACCAUACCUCGUCGCAAGGAAAGUGAAAAUCAACGAAUUUGAUCGUGAAAAUUUCAAAAUCAAGGCGACCAUUUACGGGGAAGAAUUCGACAUUCAAAAACACAGUCAAGAAGCUGAAGUUAAAGCUAUCACAUAUUCGGCAAUGCAAAUCUUAGAUCAACCUGACGUUGAACGUCCUGAAGUUUUCGUCAUUGUUGACAUAUAAACAAAAAUAACAUACUUAAAUGACAACUAAUAUAUUACAUUAUCUAUCUGUAUAUCUAUUUAUCUCGCUCUCUCCCUUUCCCUCUGUCUCUUAUUCUUAGUACCAAUAAAUUGGUACAAAAUAUUUAAACAAUUAUGACAUCUACCAACAAAUUAAUUCAAAAGUAAUUAACACGAAUUAAAUCAAGUUAUCUGCAUUUAAAAGUAAACACACAAAAAAUAGAAUUAACAGCAAAAGAAUGACCAAGACUUAUACGGUAGAUGAGCGACAGAGGGGUAGGAGUGGUGGGGGUUAACUCGAAGAAAAAGAAGGGAGGAGACGUCCUAUGUAGGGUAUAAAAUUCUUUUUGUAGGGUUCGAAUAAAUACGUUAGAAAGAAAA